AAUUUAUGGCAACAUUAGUGCAUUAUCUGACAGCUACGCAACGAUUGCAUAUCAGUCUGACUGAAACGAAAAUAUUACGUUUUUUAUCCUUUUUGUAGCGGUGUAGUGAGUUUUGUGAGUGUCGCUCCCUCAAUUAUUAUAAAUUCCGUCCAAGGAGUGCAAGAAAGCAAAGGGAGUUGCAAUGCCCUCAUCGGAGGGCCGUCGGUGAAAGUGCAUGGUGUUGUGACCGUGAUAGAGGCGGCGCGAGUGGGCAGCCGUGAGGAUGGGCGUGGGUCUGCAGCCGCUCGAGUUCACCGAGUGCCUGGCGGACAGCCCGCAGUUCCGCGAGAACCUGCAGCGCCACGAGAAGGAGCUCGAGCGCACCAGCCAGCAGAUCAAGCGCCUCAUCAAGGAAGUCAAGGAUGUCGUCCAGGCUGCAAAACGUCUGGGCGCGGCGCAGCUGGCGCUGGCGGCCAGCAUGGAGCAGUUCGAGUUCGCGUGCAUCGGCGCGUCCAUGACGGAGGACGAGCGCGUCAUCAGCCGCUCGCUGCACCACUUCGCGCACCUCAUCCGCACCAUCGAGGACGAGCGCGACCGCAUGGUAAGCCCCGCCUAGGGUUGCCAGGUCCAA